GUAAGUAUUGCUUAAAUUAAUUUAUAGGCAAUGAAGUUUCAUUCAAUUUUAAAAGCAAACACGUUAUUUUUCUAUAAUCGAAUUUUGAACUCUGCAAACUCCACAAAAAUGUUUUUUCUUAUUUAUCAAAUUUCAGUUAGUGUUUGUACAGUACAGGACAAUCUCAAUUUUUAUAACAUUUUUGACACUACGAAUCCCGUACCUUCCGUUCAAAACACAGCUAAAACUGAAGACAAAACAUACGAUGACGCGCUUUACAAAUCAGCCUACAGAGACAAUACAGAAAGGUUUUUUAAAAUGGAAGGGUUAGAUAAUGAGGGACAUUUUGGUCUAGACAGUGUCAAAGUACCCUCUCCACAAAACAGUGCUUUUGGAGACUUUCUGGACACUAUGUGUUCUGAAAUAAACACAAAUGACCAUGAGUCGGUUAGACAGGAUACAUACGAUUUCUUCUCGGAAAAUAAAUGGUAUCUACACGGUGGAAUAGGAGCUUUUGGAGUCAGUGCCAUUACUUUUAUUGUUAUGGUUUACCGAAAAUGGCGUCAAAAGAAAAUUAAUUCUGAAAACGGCAAUUUCCCGAGUGUGGAUAAUCAAAAUUCUCAAGAAGACAAAAUUGUAGUGAAUACAGAGGAAAAUAAACAAAGCGAAGGAAGACCACAAGCAUGCAACACCAACGAUACUGUUUUGCUAAUUUCUCUUUAGCAUACGAAUUCCGAUUACUGUUGCGGUAUUGUGAAUUAACAAGAAAAUAAAUUAUUCACCCAAAAUAAAACUGAAAACUUUGUUAAUGUGGUGGUUUUAUGUUUGAUUUUUCAUUGUUGCAUACAAUAGAGGUACUGAUUUUAUCAGAGUAUUUACUUAUUAAAUAUUUUAGAAAUCUUUGACACAACUUCACUCUGUAUGUCAUUA